AUGUCUAGUCAGCGUCUGGUCUUAGGUCUCCCGCGUGUCUUGCCGUCGCUGCUGCCGUCCCUUGCACCACCGUGCGGUCCUUGCGUCGAGGGUCGGCUGCGCGCCACCCCUCACUCCUCCUCCCUUCGUCCGGCCACCGAGCCUUUUGAGACACUCCACUUGGACGUCUGGGGCCCCGCCUCUCGCCUUGGCCCUGAGCGUGAGCGUUUCUUUCUGGUGGUCGUUGACGACUACUCCCGCUAUACCACAGUGUUCCCCCUGGCGAAGAAGUCUGACGUGACUUCUACGCUGAUCAGGUGGUUGCUCACCACCGAGGACACUCGUGGUCGUCGUGUCAGCUGUCUUCACUCCGACCGUGGGGGUGAGUUUCGUUCCGACAUUCUCGCUGGAUUCUGUCGCGAGCAGGGCAUUCGUCAGUCCUGGACGCUUCCAGAGUCCCCACAGCAUAAUGGGGUUGCUGAGCGCCGCAUUGGCUUGGUCAUGGAGAUCGCCCGCACCUCCCUGACUCACGCCCGUGCCCCCCAUUUUCUGUGGCCUUACGCGGUUCGUCUUUGGACCGGGUCCCCUGGAGUUGCGUCGCGGUUUCGUGUCUGGGGUUGCUUGGCUCUUGUCCGCGACACCUCUGCGGACAAGCUCUCGCCUCGCGCCGUUCCUUGUGUCUUCCUUGGUUUCCCUGAGGACUCCUCUGACUUCACCUUUUACCACCCUCCCUCUCACCGGUUCUUUGACUCCCGUGACGUCCGUUUCGAGGAGUCCACCCCCUACUACGUCAGGUACCCCAGUCGAGGUCUCCCGGUUCCUCCUCCCCCUCUCUUCCUGACUGCCGCUCCCCCUCCUGCUCCCCCGGUACAGCCUCCCCCCCCUGGUCCAGCCCCGUCAGGUGUGUCCCAGGCUACCCCUCCUCCUUCGGUAGCCCCUCCGGUACAGCCUCCCUCCCCACAGUCCUCCUCGCAGCGUGCUGCAGGUGCUAGCUCUCGAGAGGUUGGUGCCGAGCCUGUUCCUGUACCGGUUUCUGGUUCUGGGGGUGCUGGAGUUGGAGCUGAGCCGGUGGGUGCAGAGGACUCUUCUGGUGUUGAUGCUGCCUCUGGGGGUGGUGCGCCUGGUGCUUCGGAGGUGGACUCUGGGGCUGCCGCUGCCCCGGACACUACUCCGCCCCCCCACCCCUACCCGUCUAGGCUCCAGGCUUGCGUUCGCCGUGCCCGUGAGGAGCAGCUGGAGUUGGAGAGAGAGGAGAGGGAGUUACAGCGGCUGGAGGAGCAGCAGCAGCAGCUGGAGCCGCAGGAGCAGCAGCAGCAGCAGCAGCAGCAGCAGCAGCAGCAGCAGCAGCAGCAGCAGCAGCAGCAGCAGCAGCAGCAGCAGCAGCAGCAGCAGCAUCAGCUGAAGCCGCAGGAGCAGCAGUCACAGCAGCAGCCGCAGCCGCAGCAGCAGCAGCACCAGCCGCAGCAGCAGCAGCAGCAGCAGCCACCUCCUCCUCCUGUCUCGGGUCUUCGGACCCUUGGUCUCCCCUCUCGCUCUCCUCCCUCCUCCCCCUCUCCUCCUGUCUACGGUCCCACCUUCUCUCUCUACCCCUGUCACUGA